UAUACAUAAAUGAAUAUAGAAUCAUGGGUAAAGCCGCCAUGUUUGUUGCUAUUGUGGUGACGUCACUACAGCUUGACAACAAGAAGCCAUAUUCCUUCGUGAUAAACUAGAGGGGGACACUCACUGUCAUCAUGCCUCCCAAAAAGAAGAAGAGUGCUAAGAAGAAGAAGGGGAAGAAAUCUGGGAAGAAAUCAGCCACCUCUCGUGCCCAGACAGCAGUGGGGAAUAUAGACUCGCUGGGAAAAGAGUUCUUUCUUGUGCAAAUUAGAGAUUUGGAAAACAGACUUGUGAGGUACCAGAGAAAAUGCGAUGAGCUUGGGGUUCAGAAUAGCAAAUACCAAGAUGACUAUAACCAGGAAAAGAGAGAAAAGAAGGAUAUCAUUGAAUUCCUGAAAAAGUCUCUUGAAACAAAGACUGAUGAGAUAGCAGAUUUGAAUGAUCGUCUGGUGGGUCUCCAACAGCUCAAAGAUUCAGAGAAGGAGGAAUAUGAAAAGCAGCUGAACCAACUUAAAGCUGACUAUCAGGAAACAAAAGACCAGCUGACCUCAGAUAAUUUAAUUUUAGCUGGCAAACUGUCCUCCCUGGAAGAGUUCAAGGUGCAGAAGGAGGACCUGAUGCAGAAGUUUGCCAACUUGGAGGCUGAGCUGGAAAGGCAGCAGAAGGAGUUCAAGAACACCAUUUAUGAUAUGGAGAGGAAAUCUGUAGUUGACAAAGACAGACUAAAAAAAGACAUGGUAAUUAGAGUGAACAAUGUAGCAGCAGAGUUCAGAAAGGUUUCUAACAAACAGAUGGCAGAAACAACAAAAAGGACAAUAAGAGAAAAUGUUGCCAUCAAUGCUCAGUUGCAGAAAAUGUCAGAUAAGACAAUGGAGCUAAUUCAGGAAAAUGAUGACUUCAGAGGAAAGGAAAAGAAGCAGAGGCAGCAGAUUGAUAUGUUGGAGACAAAUGAAAAAGAACUUGCUAAGAAAAACCACAGUAACUUAAAGGUGAUUCGCAUGUUAACAGAGAAAUGUAAGAGUCAGGAGGCGAUGAUAGCAGAGUUUGAGCUCCGUGAGCAGGAAUACCAGGAGAUGGAGUCUGAAGUUGACCUCCUCAGACAACAGGUGGAAUCCUCCAGAGAUGAGAUCCAGAGUUUAGCCAAAGAAAAUGAACAGUUGGAUACAGAUUUACAAAGCAACCAGCAGCAACUGAGAGAAACUUCAAAGAACAAGAAAAAACUUGAGAAGAUACUGUCAGAUGCUGCACUGGCUUUGAAACUUGUUUUGAGUAAUACCGGAGAGGCAUGGGGAGACGAGGACCACAGAGUAGACUUGAACGAGGUGGAGAAACGGGACAACAUGUUAGAGCACCUUUUGGUGAUCUUGAACAGUGCUGCCGCCCUGGGGGUGGGACCAGAUCCAUCUGCUAUGGGAAAACAAUUCAAGAUGGAGAGAUCCAGGAGUGCCAGUGAAAUGCCUGGCAGUAAACUUGGUUUUAGGAGAGGGGAUGCCCCACUCUCACCGUUAGCCCCCAGUAAAAAAGGCACCCUGCCCCACUACCAGCUGGGAGACCUUGGGCUGGUCCCCAGACCCAAGCAGCCUAUCCCGACCCAUGUGGAGAAGAUGAAGGACCUGUCUGAGACCACACGUCUUGGUGGGCUGAAGAAGGUGCUCACAAAGUCUGUGGGAGUGCAGACAGUCAGUGCUCCCAAGGCUAUGUUUUUCGCAGACCAGCUUUUGAGCACUGCCUCUCCAGAAACUAAAUCUGCAAUGAUGAGGGAACUGAGGACCAGCAAACAUAAACUACCAUCCAUUGCUACACAGAAGAAAGUGGUUGAGAAGGUGUAUUAAUAUGAAGCAAACUGUGUAACAGCCAAAGAGGAUACAAUAUGGAAAAAGACCACUUUACAUUUGAGCAAGCUCCCGCUUGUUCAUGUUCAAGAAUUUUCAUAAGCGCAUGCUGGGCAUGGCAGUUUAUAAAUGCUGAAAUUUAGCCAACAGUCCUUUUGUUAAAAAGAGAGUUCAGUCAUUGCAUAUUACAUAUAAAAUAUGUGUGAUCUGUUCAUCAGAAAAAAAAGGAUUCACAGAUAUGAAUCAUAAGGUCAUAUUCUACUGGACUGUAAAAGACCUGUGUGUGGAAGUACUAGAACAAAUUGACAGAGUAAGCACAAGCUUCAUGUAUUAAUGACAGAUGAACUACAAGACUUUGUAUUAAUAUCAUGUGUAUAGAUGUACAGUCGAGUAAUCCAUUUAAUUAUGUACUGGUAGUGAAUGUCAGAUCAGCCAAAAUCAACAAUAAGUUUCAUUGUCUUUGGAAAAAAUGUUCCUAUUAUAUAGAAAGAUGUUUGCAUCAUGUUGAAUUAAAAGGGAAGUUAUUGGUUAAUUGAACAAUUUAGCCGAUGUGUAAAUACUGUGAAUUGUAUAAAAUUAAGAUGCUGUUCAUGGGACCCUAAAGUGAGAAUGCUUUAUUGAUAAAAUGCGAUGUGUGCAUGAUUUAUGCUCAAAUAUCUUUAUCAAAAUAUAAUAA